AUGCAUCUAAUUACACCUUUGUUGAAUCAAGGCUAUCACUUAUAUUUUGACAACUUCUACUCAUCCAUCAAGCUUAUCAAAGAUUUAUUUCAAGCUGGUGUCCCAUCAACAGGGACAGCGGCAGAAAAUAGAAAAGGAUUUCCUCAAAGUAUGAAGAAGGGAAAGGAAUGGGCAAAACGAGAAGAACGAGGAAACAUAAGAUGGGAAAGAGAUGGUGUGUGUCUUGCACUGCAAUGGAAAGACAAUAAGCCAGUUACAAUUUUAUCAUCUAUUGCAAAUGCCAAUAACUAUCUCAUGGUGGAAAGAAAGGAAAAGACUAAUAAUCAAUGGAAUAAUAUCAGAGUGAAGCAACCACAAGUUAUACAUAGCUAUAACCAAUACAUGAAUGGUGUUGAUCGUUCUGAUCAACUUUUAGCUAAAAACAAUGCACUGAGAAAAUGUAUGCGAUGGUGGAAGACCUUGUUUUUUCAUAUGAUUGAUAUUGCAAUUGUAAACAGCUAUAUAUUGUUUGAGAUUCACCGAGCUGAACAUCAAGACAACGAUUUGCUGAAGAGGCCAAAAAAGUAUUCUGUGGCUGAAUUUCGAGAAGAAUUGGUGCGACAGUUGGUAGGACUUGAAGAAUUUGGAGAUCCACCUUUGUCUAAACCCCCAACUAAGCAGCCAGAGCUGUUUGAGUCUUCACACUUACCAGAGUUUGGAAAGGCAAAGAGGAAUUGCAAGGUGUGCUAUACAGUUACAAAAAAAGAACUGAAGGUUUUUUCGUUCUGUAGUGCUCCGCAGUGCCAAGUGCAUUUACACUGCAAUACUGACAAGAACUGCUUUGCUACUUGGCAUACCAAAGAUUUCCAAAGGCAGAAUUAA